GCAACUCUUGCCUUGGCUUGGUUGGCAGGAGAAGGUACUGGCAGCAUGGGCUGGGCUUGACCGCGGCCAUGGAGGCCUUGGAUGAGACCCUGAAAGUGGAUCCGACCGCCGACGCUCUUCUGAAGAGGCUGCAGGAUCACCAGGCAGAGUUGGACGAGCUCCGCACGGCGCUGGCGCGGCUCAGGGCCGGCGCCGGCCUCACGGAGCUGCAGCGCUUCGCGGAGGCCGCGGCCGCGCUGCAGGCUUCUGCCUCAGCGGGGAUCGCGCCAGAACUGCUGUCCAAGGAGAUCUUGCAGAAGGCCAAUGUCCCGGUGGCAGAGGUGGAGCAGGCCCGGAGCUUGUUGCUGGCGCUCACGAGCUGUGAGAAGGCGCAGAUGCACAGUCGCCGGCGCCUGGCCGAGGGCGGCGCCGGCGCAGCGGAGCUGAAGGACUUGGUGGGGGCCUGGGAACGGCUCAGGCGUGGAUCGGGGCCGCGUAGGAAACGCUAG